CUGGCAGUCGCUUUAUAUGUAAAACUGUUUGCGUUGAUGAUAUACCCGCAUCUCUACCUCGUUGUUUAUUUUACUGCGCCAAAACACAUCAACCUAGGGUCGGCUGUAUGGAAAAACCAGAUACAACUGGUAGAGAUUGUGAAAAUGGUGGAUUAAUGCCAUGUGUUCGGUGGUGUUACCAAGGGGAAUCGACACGGAUAAACUCAAACCUUUGAAGCUUCAUCGAUUUAUGGUGCUGAAUGCUUUAAUUGACAUGACUGCUCACUGUUUUAACUAUAAAUGUUAUUUACUAAAGUGUAAUAUCUAAGUAACUUUUUCACUUAUAAAUAAAUACGAAUUUGCUUCCUAUUAAA